UGGCGACGGAAGUGACGUCAGGUCGGUCUGAAAUAGAAGCAGCAGCGGCGCCACAAGGAUGGGGGAGAUCGAGCGGGACCAGGCCGGCUUCUAUGCUAACGCCGAGGGCUACUGGAAGGCCGUCCCCCCCACGGUGGACGGUAUGCUAGGAGGCUACGGUAGCAUCUCCAACGUGGACAUCAACGGCUCCAAGGCCCUGCUGCAGCGCUUCCUCGGGGAGGGCGGUACCGAUAACGGUUGCGCGCUGGACUGCGGCGCCGGUAUCGGCCGGAUCACCAAGCGGCUGCUGCUGCCGCUGUUCCGGACCGUGGACCUGGUGGACGUGACCCGGGAGUUCCUGGACCAGGCCCGGGUUUCCCUGGGGGACGACCCGGCCGCCGCCGCGCGGGUCGGUCACUACUUCUGCUGCGGCCUGCAGGACUUUGUACCGGAGAAGAACCGCUACGACGUCAUCUGGAUCCAGUGGGUCAUCGGUCACCUGACCGACGAGCACCUGGUGGACUUCCUGCGGCGCUGCCAGGCGGCGCUGCGCCCCGGCGGGCUGGUGGUCGUCAAGGACAACGUGUCGUACGAGGGCGUCGUCCCCGACGACGUGGACAGCAGCGUCUGCCGCGACCUGAGCCUCCUGAUGGGCCUGGUGGAGCGGGCGGGGCUGCGGGUGGUGCACCGCGAGCAGGAGCAGAACUUCCCCAAGGAGAUCUACCAGGUCCACACGCUAGCGCUGCGCUAACGGGACCAGGAGACACGCUAGCGCUGCGCUAACGGGACCAGGAGACACGCUAGCGCUGCGCUAACAGGUCCAGGAGACACGCUAGCGCUGCGCUAACGGCCCCAGGAGACACGCUAGCGCUGCGCUAACGGGACCAGGUCCACAUGCUAGCACUGCGCUAACAGGGCCAGGAGACACGCUAGCGCUGCGCUAACGGGUCCACACGCUAGCGCUGCGCUAACAGGUCCACACGCUAGCGCUGCGCUAACAGGUCCACACGCUAGCGCUGCGCUAACGGCCCCAGGAGACACGCUAGCGCUGCGCUAACAGGUCCAGGUCCACACGCUAGCGCUGCGCUAACAGGUCCAGGUCCACAUGCUAGCGCUGCGCUAACAGGUCCAGGUCCACACGCUAGCGCUGCGCUAACGGGACCAGGAGACAUGCUAGCGCUGCGCUAACGACCCCCGGAGAUCUACCACCGCUAACGACGCCAGUACCCGUGUGAGUGUGUGUGUGUGUGAGAGUGUGUGUGUGUGUGUGUGUGUGUGUGUGUGAGUGUGAGUGUGUGUGUGUGUGUGUCUGUGUGUGUGUGUGUGUGUCUGUGUGUGUGUGAGUGUG